GCUCACAAAAGCAGCCGUCUCCUCGCCAUUUUUUCGCAGCUCUUUGUGCGCCACUCUGCUUUAAGAGUUUGCGUGUUUUUUGACGAGCGAUUCGUCGACUCUGGUUUUAAUUCUUUAAUAGACAAAAUGCAAGGAAACAGAGGCCACCCCCAGCACAACCACGGGUCUAACCGCCCGGUGGAGCAGAAGAACACCAACGGCCAGCAGCCCGAGGAUCCUAGCAACGAGGCCUUAACCCUGGACCUGCAGAACUUCAGGAAACCCGGGGAGAAAACCUUCACCCAGCGGAGCAGGCUGUUCGUAGGAAACCUGCCCACCGGGACAUCUGAGGAGGAACUGGAGAAGCUAUUCGCCAAGUACGGCAAGGCCAAUGAAAUCUUUAUCAACAAGGAGAGAGGCUUCGGCUUCAUCCGGCUGGAGACCAGGAUCAUAGCAGAGAUAGCCAGAGCAGAGCUGGAUGAUACCCCGUUCAAAGGCAGGCCGGUCAGGGUGAGAUUUGCCACACACGGUGCAGCCUUAACUGUGAAAAAUCUGCCAGAUUUUGUGUCCAACGAGCUGCUGGAGGAGGCCUUCGCUGGCUUUGGCCAGAUAGAGAGAGCUGUAGUCAUAGUUGAUGAUCGUGGGAGGCCCACAGGGAAGGGAAUAGUGGAGUUCACCUCAAAGCCAGCUGCAAGAAAGGCUUUGGAUAAGUGCAGUGAUGGUGCCUAUCUUCUCACAGCCUUUCCUCGACCCAUUACAGUGGAACCCAUGGAGCAGCUGGAUGAAGAGGAGGGACUGUCAGAAAAAAUCAUUAACAAAAACCAGCAGUAUCACAAAGAGCGUGAGCAGCCACCAAGAUUUGCACAGCCGGGCUCCUUCGAGUUCGAGUAUGCCAUGCGCUGGAAGGCCCUGAUGGAGAUGGAGAAGCAGCAGUACGAGAUGGUGGACCGCAACAUGAAGGAGGCUCAGGAGAAGCUGGAGGUUGAGAUGGACGCGGCCAGACAUGAGCACCAGGUGAUGUUGAUGAGGCAGGACCUGCUGAGGCGUCAGGAGGAGCUGCGGAGGAUGGAGGAGCUCCACAAUCAGGAGGUGCUGAAGAGGAAACAGUCUGAGAUCCGUCAGGAGGAGGAACACCGGAGGAGAGAGGAGGAGAUGAGGAUGCGCAGUGAGGAGAUGCUGAAGAGGCAGCAGGAGGGCGGCUUCAGAGGCAACUUCCCUGAAAACAGGGAGCAAGAAAUCAGGAUGCACAUGGGCGGUCACGGGAUGAACAGAAACUCGCUGGGUGCCAAUGCUGGUCCUGCAGGUGCUCCUGCUGAGAAUGCUCCAAUGAUGCCAGGGCAAGGAAACAACAUGCCCGGGCCGGGCCAGGGAGGCUUCCCCAGGGGUCCCGCCGGGCCUGGAGACUAUGGACCCAACAAGCAACGCAGAUUUUGAAUAAUAUGCUUAAAAUCCUUUUUCAUACUCGCUGUAUUUUAAAGUUCAGGUAGUGAGGGGUUACUGGUUGAACAGGUGACAGUUGCAUGUAUUUACCAGCCGCUACAGCGUCUGUUUUUUUUGUUUUAGUUCUUUACCUUUUUUUUGUACCUUUUUUUUUUUUUUUGGGUUAUGUCUUUAGUACUAAACUGUCAUAACUCUGAAUGAGCCAUGUGUUUUACUUUUAUUUCUCAAAUUAUUGUAUUUUUCAUAUGGAUAGAGAAAGUUUUUUCGUCCUGAAAAUGUCGGCUUUUCUGAAAUAAAUUCAUGAUUCCCUAAGAAUUUAGAUUUCUCAAUGUUUUUCAAAGCAGCAUAUAGCUAAAAGUGACUCCAUCAAGACACAUUUUAUCUACAUGAUGGUCAUUUAUAGGUGGGGUUGUCUCACACUCAGUUCAGUUGGUGUUCACAGCUGUCAGCUGGAUGCCUGGCAUUGAUUAGAAUAUUGAUUUAAUGAUGAAUGGCCUGAAUCACAAUUAGAGGGAGCUUAUAAUGUUAAGGAGAUACAUUUAGGCAUCGUCAUUGUUUUUCAUGCCCUGGGCAUUUUUGAGACUUUGGGCUAUUUUUCUUCCAUAACAUGUCUUCUUUCAUACUAGUGAAAAAACUUAUCCUAAAAUACACAUUUAUCUGUUUAUUUACUUUGUCUUAAUUGCUUCUUGAGAUUUCUCCAUUAUUCACCUAAAGUUAGCUCACUUAAUACAUCAUUUGCAUAGUUAAACAUUUCAGAAAGAUCUUUCCGUUUCAUGGUGAUAUCUAUUGAAUAAAUAUUUUUACCCUA